CUCCUGAGUCCAACCCUCCUUCUCGAGUCCCUGCCAAGCCGGGCUCCUUCUAGCUGCAAUCUAUCAUUUUCGAAACACUCACAUCAAAGGAGACUGAGCAGCAGCAUCAACAACAACAACAAAGGGGAAGAGAGUGUCUAUGCUACCGCUCUGCAAAGUUGGAUGCCAGCUCUCUCCCUCUCUCUCUCUCUGUCUAUGGAUUAUUUUUUAUGGCUCUGCACACUGGGAAACGUCAGAAACUCCCCAUCGUCACUGCAGAUCAGAAAAAGGUGUGAGGAGAGGAGAGAUCGGUUUAAAAUUUCAAACACAACCUCUCCGGCGCGCAAGAGAGGGCUUCAUUAGCAUAUGUCCGGGGGGACUAGCAUAUAUACGGGCAUUGUAUAUAAACAGAACUCUAAUCUGAUCAGUUUCCCAGGACACAACAGCAGCACCAGCAGCUCUAGAUGUUGAUGCAAAGCCAGGAGCAGACUCCCACAUGCUCGGAGAGAGAAGAGGCUCCAAAGACAGGCAGCUGUUAUCCUAGUGCAAAGUCCACCCUUCCUGAGAUCAUCCAGGAACAGCUCGGCCAGAACGUUUAGAUCUCACUCUUCCCAUUUGGUUAUUGUUAAUUUGCCUUUCAACUCAUCGUUCGUUAAACCUCCUCCCUUCCAGCGGGCUUUCAUGGCUCCCUUAGCCGAAGUUGGGGGCUUCCUAGGCGGCUUGGAAGGGUUAGGGCAACAGGUGGGCUCCCAUUUCCUGCUGCCUCCUGCCGGGGAGAGGCCGGCUCUGCUCAGCGAUCGCCUGGCUCAGGCCGAGAGGGGGUCUAGAGGUGGCGGAGGUGCGGCGACUGGGACUGCGGAUUUAGCCCAUUUGCAGGGCAUCCUACGCCGGAGGCAGCUCUACUGCCGGACGGGCUUCCACCUGCAGAUCCUGCCCGAUGGCAGCGUGCAGGGCACCAGGCAGGACCACAGCCUCUUCGGUAUCCUUGAAUUCAUCAGUGUGGCAGUGGGACUGGUUAGUAUUAGAGGAGUGGACAGUGGCCUUUAUCUUGGAAUGAAUGACAGAGGAGAACUUUAUGGAUCUGAGAAACUAACUUCUGAAUGCAUCUUCAGAGAACAGUUUGAAGAGAACUGGUAUAACACUUAUUCUUCCAACGUGUACAAACAUGGAGACUCAGGUCGGAGGUAUUUUGUAGCACUUAACAAAGAUGGUACUCCCAGAGAUGGGGCUAGAUCCAAAAGACAUCAGAAAUUCACACACUUCCUACCCAGGCCAGUGGAUCCUGAAAGAGUUCCAGAACUCUACAAAGAUGUGUUAGGAUACAGUUGAAAUGGGACAGAAUGUUUGAAAGGAAACCAAAACAAAACCCAUUCUUUCCUACCACAGCUUCCAGGGUAACACAAGCAGGAAGAACUUUCAAAUGCUGCAGAGUUACCAGGCUCUAGGAGAGUGGAUUUUAACAAGCUGUUUAGUGAUAGCCUCCAUUUCCUAAUGUUUGGAUAUAGGAGACAAAGCCUUAAAGUUAAGAGUGGACCAGCCUCUUUGAAGUUUUCUGACCCUGUUACUGGCCAGUAGACAGUGGGAAGUUGGAGUCUGAUUUAUUUUAAAAUACCAAACUCGUGCCUAACUUGUCUGGAUUACUUAUUAUCCAUAAACUAGAGAAAAAAUAACUACCUAAAUCAGGUGGAGUGGGACAAUAGACAGAAAGUUGGACGAAAUGGUAAGGAAUAGGCUGUAAAACAGCAAUAAAGCCUGAGAAUGAUAUAUGAAGUUAUAGUGGCUAUACUACAAGUGACGGAACUUGGAAGUCAAUGCAUUUCAGUCAGAGCUGGAACUUUUCUUCAGGAUGGACUUAUUUAUACAUUUCCAGAUGACAUAUAUUUAUUUUAUAUAUUUAUUUAUUAAAGAGUUUAUUUUUACUGGGAUAUGAAGACACUACAACCCCUUGCCCGAACAAAAAAUCAUUGACAGUGCCAAUAUUUACUCUGAGGUAGUGUCAUCAUGCAAAAAAGGCAUUACAUCACAACAUGUUCAAAAACUGAGCAUCUAAAUUUUCAUUUUUUAUAAAGUAUAGAUUAGGUUAUAUUUUUAUGCACACACAGUUGUCUCAUGGAUCAUCGUAAUCUGGAGAGAAUGUUGGUUGCUUUUGACUU